UUUGAAAAGGAAAUAGCUUGAUUAUAUUGCCCAGUAUAUAGUUGAAUUUGCCCAGUUGUACCUGUUCAGAGGAGCAGCGACGUCACGCAGAGGGCGUGGCCUCGUCAACCUGUGCGUGCACUGAUGUUUGAGAGACACUUGCAGACGCUGAAUCACAGUGAAGGAAAUGUGAACGAGUGUGACGAGAGAUUGAGUUUUUCCACAGGGUUUGAAACCGGGAUAGCGUGUAUCGAUGAUUCUUCCAGCGGUUUUCAACUUCUGUGAUUCGCACGGAGCCUGAAGGACUUAAAGAUGAUGCUCAACUUUCUCCCGGUGCGAAAAUUCAAGCGCAACGGCAGAUAUAUCGUGUUCGGGGUGGUGCUGAUGGUCGCGUUGCUGGCGGCUUAUUUGGAGUUCAGGGCCACGAGCGAGUGGAGCAGCACUGACGUAACCGUCCGCAGUGAAAACGUCGCCAGGUCAAAAGCUGCUGUUCGAUGUGUGUCUCAAGAAGAUCACAUCUCUAAUGAUAAUCAUGAUAAAGACAUCUGGACACCAAAAAACACUCAACAGCCAUGGAGGAUGGAGUAUAAAGGACUGGCUAAUCUUCACAUCUUUGAGGACUGGUGUGGGACGUCAAUAGCUCAGCUACGGAAGAAUCUACAUUAUCCACUAUAUCCUCACAAUCGUUCAACUGUGAAGAAACUUGCUGUGUCGCCCAGUUGGACCAAUUAUGGACUCAGGAUAUUUGGCUACAUACAUCCUUAUACUGAUGGUGACUUUCUGUUUGCAGUGGCGUCUGAUGAUAACAGUGAGUUCUGGCUCAGCGAUGAUGAGAAUCCCGAUAAUCUGAAGCUCCGUGCUUACGUUGGAAAGACUGGCAUAGAAUGGACCGCCCCAGGGGAGUAUGGGAAAUACGCCAGUCAGAUAUCAGAUCUCAUUCCUCUUCAGAAGAACAAUAAAUAUUUCUUUGAACUCCUUCAUAAGCAAAACGAUCAAGGAACGGACCAUGUGGAGGUUGCGUGGCAGCACAAACAGACUGGACACGGAUUUUCAAUCAUCGAUUCCAAGUUCAUCUCCCUCUAUACCGAUGAGUCCACUCUGACGGCGGGAGAUGUCAAUCACAUUCCUCUAACUGCUGCGAGUCAUGUGACUCCUCCCCAGAAGUCAUCUCAGAAUCCGCCCCAUGGAGUAGACAUGCUGAGAACAGAUCCACGAGACUCGUUUCAUCAGGUUCCAUUACUGGACAGGGUGCGUAUGCAGGGAGUUUUACCUGACUGUAUCUAUAACCCCAGCUACAUCAUAAAGGGAUAUCCUCUAAUGCGCUACCAGGGCCUGCAGUUUGUGCACCUGACGUAUGUGUAUCCUAAUGACUACACACGGCUCACACACAUGGAGAGCAAUAACAAAUGUUUCUACCGUGAGAAGCCGUACUACAUGGACAGAUAUGGCUUCUCACACUACAUUCAACUUGAUCAGCCUGGAAAUCAAGAGUUUAUCAAAUUCAAAGGAGCUGAAAAUGAUGAGAAGGAGCGGCAAGUGGAAGGUAUGGAGAGGAACGAGGUUCUCCAAGAUUACGCCGAGUAUUAUGAUUACUCGAUGCAGAUGCGCCGCAAUCUGUUCUCUGUCCAGGAAAAUGUCAGAAUCAGAAAAAAGAAAGAAGAUGGGAAAAUAGAUGUCAGAUUUGAUCAGAUGGACCAAGACAACCAAGCUAAGGGAAUCCAAAAACUGCCUGAAGAACCUCGGAACGAUCCAGAGGAACCACAGCACCAACAGAGAAGAAAGAAGAAAAAGAGACGCCCUCAACAACACCUGAAGGACCAACGCUACCUUCAAAACGGACCUUCUGAGGUGAAGACCCAUGACCAGGGAAAGGAAAACGACUCUGUGGUCGCACAACAGAUUCAGAAUAAUGUCAUGGAGAAGAUACCUGAUCAGCAGAAUCCAGGACCAGCUCAGAAAGAAGACCGCUGGAGGUCAGAGGUGAAACAUCAAAUGGACCAAUCGCUUAGUCAGGAUGGUGGAAUUGAGCUCCACCCGCUUAAAGCACCACACGGCUAUAAUAGCGAUGGAAAUCCAAACCCUGUUGCAUUCAGAGACAGAGAUAUUCCACUGGAGAACAUACAAGAAGUCAAUAAGUUGAAGAAAAGAUUAGUGACCAACCCUGCCAUGUUUGAUGAGGUCCAGAAUGAACGUCAUGACCUUGUGAAUCGGAUGGGUAAUCGGAAAGUCUUUCUGGGAGGUCAUGAGGACAAGGCACCCAAGAACUCAUUAGAUGUGGUAGAAGUAAAGAAGAAUAACCGUACAGAUGAACGAUCAUCUUUGGAUGGGGAUGAAGUCAAAGCAGAAGCUUUGAGGCCCAAACACCCAAAACGUAAAGCAGAAAAAGCUUUGCAUGUUUUGAAGGACAACCCUAAAAAGGCUGUAGUAGAUGACAACAAUGAAAAUGACAGCAAUAAUAUCAUCAAGCAUAAAAAUGUGGCACAUCAGCUCCAAAUCACUCAAAAUCCACAACAAAACGCAUUAUAUAACCAGGCCAAUGAGCAUAAGACAUUGGUCCUUGCUGCUCCGUCCACAAAAGAACAUAACAACUUGGGCCGUGUGAAUGAUGCCAGAAAGGAAAAUGAGAAGCAGGAUAAUGCAAUACAUAUAGAAGAGAUUAAAGAUGGACAAGAUGAAGACUCUUGGGUGGAUCAUGGUUUCUCAGAGGAAGAAGACUACGACCUCUUCACUAAGGCUUUGUUUGACGUGGAAGUCAAGUGGAAUCAGACGUUCCAGGCUAAACCCCUAGAUCUGAAUGUCAUGCGCUCCGAUUGGAUCGAUCUGAAGUGUAAUGUGUCUGGAAACUUGCUACUCGACGAAUCAGAAGCAUUGUCCGUAGUUGAAGCUUUCAUGAAGAAACUAAACAAGAAAUAUCCAAGGCAGUUCACUCUAGGUCAUAUUGUGAACAUUGAGAAGAAGCCUGAUUUUAAUUUGGGCAGUAGAUAUCUACUGGAACUGGACCUGCUGGAGGCAUCAGGACACCACCUGCGCCUGGUUCAGUACAUCUUUGUGAAAAGAACUGAUGAUUGGGGUUCUUAUAAAAAACAAAAGGUUCAGGAUGCAGAAUUUAAGCUUUGCAAUCCAUAUAGCUUCUACUGGAAUCCGACUGCUACUGUCCACUUCAUCAUUCCAGUGAAGAACCAGGCCCGUUGGGUAGUGCAGUUUAUAACUGACAUGGAGGAGUUAUACCGCACCACUAGAGAUCAGAACUUCAACAUCAUCAUUACUGACUAUGAAAGCACUGAUAUGAACAUAGAAAAAGCACUGCAAAACUCUUAUUUACCCAGGUAUCAGUACCUCAGGCUAAGUGGAAAAUUUGAGCGAUCAGCAGGACUGCAGGCAGGAAUUGACCUCAUUACUGAUGACCACAGCAUUGUGUUUCUUUGUGAUCUGCACAUCCAUUUUCCACCUGGCUUCAUUGACACUGUGAGAAAACACUGUGUGGAGGGACACAUGGCCUUUGCUCCCAUAGUCAUGAGACUGAACUGUGGUGCUACACCUCUGGAGCCUGAUGGUUAUUGGGAGGUCAAUGGCUUUGGACUCCUGGGCAUUUAUAAAUCAGACCUGGACUACAUUGGGGGCAUGAACACCAAAGAAUUCACUGACCGCUGGGGUGGAGAGGACUGGGAACUACUGGACAGGAUCCUUCAGGGAGGGCUGGAGGUGGAACGUCUCUACCUGAGGAACUUCUUCCAUCACUUCCACUCAAAGCGAGGAAUGUGGAAUCACCAGAUGCUGCGCAAUACGUAACCAUUUCAACAGUCUUGCCGCUGCUGAGCACCGGUUACUAUGGCACUUUAAACGUUUGGUGAACCUCAGGACAUUCCAGAUGUGCGUUCCAGAUCGCAUCUGACUGAAGGUGAUUUUGAGGUGAAAAUGAGUGGAAACAAACACAGAGACUCAGGAAAAGGAUGUCUGUGAUGUUUGUCUGAAGAUGAGUUAUGCAACAUUUCCAGCUGCUAUGGGAUCAUUUCCAGAGUUUAAAUGAUUCUCUGAUGCCAACUACACUGUUGAGGGAUGGGGGGGAAAUGUAAAAAGAAAUAGGUGCAGGUCAUUUAUGGUUUCAGCAUCACUUUGGUGUUGUCAUGGACUUCCAGGUCAAUAAUAUGCCUUCAGUUGCCUCUGGCUAAGUAUUCUGUUCUGACAGACAGAAAUGUGACGUUCAAUGAGAUGUAUAUACUGAGAAAAUAAAUGUGUCUUUAUUCAGGUAGAUGAGUGUUUUGGGUGAGGGGUUUGACUUAGCAUCACUGUGACCAAAACCAAAGAGAUGUGCAAUAUUCCCAGAGGCACGGAGCAUGCAGAUAGUUUUUGAAAAGUGAAUUAAUUCAAGUUAGAAAUGCUGUUCCAUUUUCAGGUCAAUCGCGUAAAGCCUAUGACGCUGUGUCAUAUUUCAUCCCCAAAAUACAAAAGAAAGAAAGACCCCCCCCCCCCCCCCCCUCAUGAAAAUUAGGCAUGUUGUACUCCCAAAUUCUUAAUGUAAUGCAGAAAAAUAAAGAUAUAUUAUUAGAAAUUGAAAGUCUGAUUUAAAGGUAAAAAAAAAUAUUUUGUUAUUGUAAUACAGCACAGGAAAACUAAAAGGUAAAACAGUCAUUCUAUCAAUGAGAAUUUUUAGUACAGAUGUGGUUAAUUGUCAUUACACAUACUGUCACAGUACCUUCAUUGAAGGCUUCAUUUUCUUUAUGCAAAAUCUAAUUUUGGGGGGAGAGAGGUAUAGGUUAUGAAAUAGCCUCGUUUUUGUGAUAUUUUCCAUUUUUAAAGUAAAAUUCAAGGUGUUUUGAUGAUGAAAAUGCCCCUUUUUUCUGAAAAAGCCAUGUGUUUUAUGAGUUUCAUUCCUGAGCAGCCAGUUUUUUUGUGUUCAUGACACAUUCCAGCCAUUAAGUCUGGCACAUGUCAAUUCAUAUUGAUUCAACCCUCUACAGUAUUACUUUUAAAAUAAAUUGGAUCCUAAUAAUAUUCAUCAAAAACACAAAUAAAGUGGUUUUCAGUUUUUACUUUAGGGGUUUAUGAGUUUGUACUAUGAUGAAUUGCUGCCCAAUGAAAGCUGAUGUAAGCCAUGCUCACUUAUUUAUAAGUGCCUUUGCUGUUUAAUUUCGAGGAAAUCCGAUGGACAUAGCUACUGUACACUCUGUUUUAUGUGGGGAUUUGGUGCUGUUUUUCCAGAGAUUUUUUUUAAUGGUUAUACACAUGCUCUAAAUGCAUUGUAGAUCUGACAGUCAAUAGUCUGUUAUUUAUAAAAUCAGUAGUGUUUUUUUUUUUUUUUUUUUUAAAUAAUUAUUUUGUCCAUACAUUUUUUUUUUUUUUUAUAUGAAGGAUCUUGUUGGAGGCAAAGUAAAAAUGAAUUGUUUAUGCAGAUCACCAACAACCUUAAAAUAAAAUGUUUCUUCAGGUUU